CGGCGGACGGCCAACCCCCAGCCGCGCCCGAUGACGCCCAUGGGUUAUCGCUUGUUGGUUUGUGUUUUCACACCUGCGGGCAAAUGUAAUAAAUAUCCGGUGACGCAUGGUACUUUGAUAUGAGAAGCGAACCCCCAAUUUUUGGCAGCUGAUCAGAGCCUUCGUACGAAAGUAUCCAUGACGUUGUCCACGUAGUAGAUGGCGGCAGUAGCUGCUUUAAGUCACAAGCAGAAGACGCGCUUUCACGAACCAACUGUAAUGCCGACGAUCAUCUAAUUCCCACAACGUGAUCGCUUUUUGGGAGGACUACGCAGCAGAUGAUCCGACCUUGGCUCGGGGAAGAAGGAACUGCACUCCCCGUUACUGCCGUUACUCUCCGUCUACUCUCUCCUCCAUCAUGUCGGUCGUCUGCAUGUACCUCUGGAGUACGUCUCGCGUCUUUGUUUCAAGGAUCUCAUAUCGUGCAGCAUUCCAAGUGUGAGCACGGUUUAGAACAUAGGACAGUCAGGUGAUCAGAGAUGAGCUCUGGGUGGGCCUAAACGUUGGACAGCAAUGCAGCAGCAGCCGCCACCAUCAGGGCUGCGGCCACGCCACGUGGCUUACGGGACUGAUCCAUACAGGGUACCCGGUGGCCAGUAUGCAGAUGUGCUCUGGGCUCAAAAGGGGGACCAAUGGGCCCAUCAUUUGGACAGGGAACGACAGAAAGCCGAGCGACAACGGAAGGAAGAACAGGAACGUAAGGAGGAGCAAGAACGAGUGCAGAGGGAAGCUGUGCAGCAACACUUUGAAGAGUCGCUCCGCCUGGCUAGUCAAAAGACAUAUGGCAGAUUGAUUGGCCAGCACCAAAAUCAUCUAGAGACCGCUUGUAGUAAGGGUAAUUGGAGUUGCAGCCUUCCAAAAGUUGCCUCCAGUCAUGGCCAUCCCCAAGCAAAGUGGCCAAGGUCGGUGAUACCCGAGGUGAAAGCAGCCAAGGGGGAGCCAAGCUUCAACCUUUAUGGCUACCAACCAUUCCCACAGAUGUAUAUAACACAGGCACAGCUCAAGGCCCGAGAGGAGCAUGGCUUGGUGCCGCGGGAUGCUCCCAAGGAUCGGCUCUACCCCGUGGCAUUCUCAUCGAGUCCAGCUCCGGCGCAUCAGGGUUCUAUAGCCCGAUGCUCGCUGACUCAGGAGGAACCGCAGAACCUCGUGAAACGACAGGACGCUACGGGGGGCAGCAACAGGGCAGUGUACUCCUACAGCCUCAUCCAGCAGGGUUUGGUGCCCAACCCACUGUACAGUUCAAGUCAGACAACUCAACCAAGCGGGUACUCAAGGACAGGUAUACCGUCAUCGGGUACUCCGGUGUCUAGGGUCUCUCCGGAGCCGUUAAACCUCGAGGCUUCUGGGAGCCCCACCAGUAGUUCUAGUCCCGACAAGAAGCCUCCGUCGCCCACCACGUCUGCCGAGGACAGCAAGCAGGGAAGCGUGCAAUCCGAUUCGGACACACACGUCACCCCUAGUCCAGCUCCAAGUCCAGCACCCAGCACGUGUACCACUGUCAGUAACAGUAGCAGCAAUCACACAAAGCUUAAAAAGGCCUGGCUCCAGAGGCAUUCUGAGAUUGAAAAGGAGGCAGUGAGUGAGGUCCCAAAGAUGAAGGAAGAAGAAGAAGGUUCGAGUUCAGAGGUAGAGAAGACGUGUAAAGUUCCUCGAAAGCGUGCUCCGUGUGAGGACGAUUACGGGACGAAAAAGGUCCUCAAGGCUGAAAGCGAUUCUCCAAAGAAAGAACCCAAGCGACGCGGUCGCAAGCCUAAAAGGCCCGACCUCCUCCCAAUGCCACGAAAGAAGCUGGCCAGCCGCAGCACAGAGAAGCUGACGUUAGUUGAGCUUAAGAAGUCUGGCAAACCCUUCUUACAAGAUGGUUCCUGUUACGACGUUGCACCCAAGCUACCUAAGUGUCGAGAAUGUCGCAUGACUCCACAUCAGAGGAAUAAAAAGAUGCCAAACAUAUUUUGCCGCUUCUACGCUUUCCGAAAGCUACGGUACGGGAAAAACGGUACGAUGCUGAGCGGAGGUUUCUCUGAGCCAGGCGACGCAUUGGAAGAGGACCUUCAACUGUGGCUUCCGCGAAUCGAGCGAGUUCCCAAGGAAUUGGAAGUGGAGACGGCCCAAAUAAUUUUGUCUCACGUAGGCGACCAAUUUUGUGACUUAGUAGAGCAGGAACGGGAAGCCCAGUCGCUGCACAUGGGCCAGGACAAAACCGUCUCCUGGAAGCGAGUGGUGCAAGGGGUGCGGGAAAUGUGUGACGUCUGUGAAACCACGUUGUUCAAUAUUCACUGGGUGUGCCAUAAGUGUGGUUUUGUCGUCUGCAUCGACUGUUACAAGGCAAAGAAAAACGGCACAGUUAAAGCCGAGGAAGUGCCUCCCAAGGACCGAGACGAGUAUCAAUGGCUGCUGUGUGCCAACAGACAACCCCACGAGCAGGACCGGUUGAUGAUGACCCAAAUAAUUGCUGGCAACGCCCUGUGGCAAGUGGGCCAGGAUCUCCACCGCGUGCGCACCGAGUGGGAUAUUCCAGCGCACUGUGGCUGCAGGACUUGCCACUCUGACUGUAAUAAGACUCCUUCCAAUGGCAUGUGCAAACAACUCAUGAGCGCCGUGAGCAAGUGCUUUGCUGGCGAGAAAGAAGCCAUCAAUGGAAAGCGUCAGCAAAGCAGCGAAGGAGGUGACGGGUCACCCCUCUCCGUGUUGGCAGACGUGGCGCUCAACUCGUCUUCCAACAAACUGGAAGAAGGGGAUUUUUCGACGCUUCGAGAGCUUCUCGUGCGUCCUACGGGCAAGAAGCCUUCGCUGGAGCAACUAAUGUUUCAACCCGAGCAACUGACUCAUUUCUGCCGCCGCUUUCCCAGCUCCCCCAAAGGGCGGGAGCCCCUGGCCAUUCGUGUGUGCACUCUGGCGGAGAGCUCGCUUCUCUAUCCCAAGGUGCCCCACUCGUGGCUCUGUAAUGGCAAGCUGCUGGUACUCCACGAUCCUCGUAACAAGCAUAAUCUGCCCGUGUUUCAAGAGCAGUGGAGGAGAGGUCAGCCCGUGCUCGUGACGGACGUGUGCAAAAACCUCAACAUGGACUUGUGGCAUCCCGACGGCUUUUGUCGGGACUUUGGUGAUGUUCGAAACGACCUGGUCAACUGCCGCACGGGCAACGUUCUUCCCAACCAGCCGAUGCGCAGGUUCUGGGAGGGGUUUGAGAACUUUGGCAAGAGGAUCAAGGACGAGGACGGGGAAUAUAUGCUGCUCAAACUCAAGGACUGGCCUCCGGGGGAUGAUUUCAGCGACAUGCUGCCUUCGCGGUUUAGUGAUCUCAUGAAAGUGCUUCCGUUGCCAGAAUACACGCACCGGGAUGGGGUGUUGAACCUUGCUGGACGCUUGCCCGACUGCUUUGUGCGACCGGAUCUUGGACCCAAGAUGUACAAUGCGUAUGGAUCAGCAUUGUAUCCCAACAAAGGCACCACUAACCUCCACCUGGACGUGAGCGACGCCGUCAACGUGAUGGUGUACGUCGGCAUCCCAAAAGACGGGAAGGACGAGGAGCACAUAAGCGAAGCCCUGAAGGCCGUGGACGAGGGAGCCUGCGACGCGUUGACGCGCAAGCGGGUCCGGGAGAACAACGCCAAACCCGGCGCGCUGUGGCACAUCUACAACGCCCGGGACGCCGACAAGAUCCGAGACCUUCUCAACAAGGUAGCUGUGGAGCGCGGCGAGAAGCUGGAACCCCACCACGACCCCAUCCACGACCAGAGCUGGUAUCUGGACAGUGAGUUGAGGGAACGUUUGUUUCGGGAGUACGCCGUCGAAGGGUACGCCAUUGCGCAGUGCCUGGGGGAGGCGGUCUUCAUCCCCGCGGGGGCCCCCCACCAGGUGAGAAACCUGCACAGUUGUAUCAAGGUUGCCGAGGACUUUGUCUCCCCCGAGAACAUUGCUCAUUGCUUCAGCCUGACGAAUGAGUUUCGACAGCUCUCGGACAACCAUACAAAUCACGAAGAUAAGUUGCAGAUCAAGAACGUCAUCUACCACGCUGUUAAGGAUGCCCUGGUUAUUUUACGUGCCCACCGAGCAUCUUGUAAAUGAAGAUUGCUGUACUUACAUUACAUAUAAAAUAAUGUUUUCAUGCCA